AUGACAAUCGAAACAUUUAAAGAUAAUUUUUGGGGACCUGGUGGAUUCGAUAUUCUAGAGAAGAGAAUCAAUCAGGCAACAGAGAGUACGAAAUAUAUGUUGUACUUUUUAAAGGAGCGUGCAUCGAUCGAGGAGAGUUAUGCCAAGAAUUUGCAAUCGCUACUGAAGCGAACUUCCAAUAUAGUUGAGUACGGUACACUCAGAGAUGCAUGGUUUGCCGUCAGAGGUCAAGUGGAAACCACCAUCUCCACACACCAGGAGCUGGCGUCGAAGCUCGACAAAGACAUCGUCUCGUCGUUCCAAAAGUUCAAAUCGGAACAAAAGAAAAAUAAACGUAACUUUUUGCAUGACGCCUGGAAACUCAGUAAGGAGCGAAGAGAUCAAGAGAACAACAUCGCCAAAUAUCGUUCGAAAUACGAAGAUUACUCAAAGCAAUCCGAACAAUUAAAUAGUACUUUGGAGUCUGCAAAGAGUAGUGGUAAAGGUAUAAGUGAAAUUGCAAAGAUUCAAUCAAGAUAUACAAAAGCUAUAAAGGAAAGAGAUGCUUUUGAAUCAGACUAUAGAAAUGCAGUUACAAAGCUGGCCAGUAAUCAACCGGCUUGGGAGGAAAAGACUGCUUCCAUCUAUCAGACAUUACAGGCAACCGAGGAGGAGAGAAUCGAUUGUAUUAAGGUUCAACUCGAUAAGUAUGGUCAGGCAAUCAAUCAUUCACAGAGUCAAAUCAGUAGUGUAGAUCUCUCUACGAUCGUAAGCGAUAUCGAUAAAUACGAAGAUAUCAAUAGUUUCAUUAGAGAACACAAGACUGGUUCAGAAAGACCACCAUUACCUGUAUUUGUACCAUAUGGAAGAAAUUCAUCAGAGUUUACUUCAGCGCCUAGUAAAUCAUUUUCAUCUUCAUUGUCUACAUCAAAUUCAUCACCGGCAACUCUAACAUCAUCUGCAUCAAGUUCAUCUAUUAACUCUAGUUAUAAAUCAUCAUCAUCGACAGCACCCACUCUCAGUAAAGCUCCACCACCUACAGUUGUUGCAAGAAAACCACAGAAACAAGUGAAGGCAUUAUAUGAUUAUGUUGGUUCUGAUGCAACAGAGUUGGAUUUCUAUACAGGUGAUAUCAUUACGGUGUUGGAUGAAGAUGAAAGUGGUUGGUGGAAAGGAUCGGUCGAUGGAAGAGAAGGUCUUUUCCCAUCAAAUUAUUGUGAUAUCAUAACACCAUCAAAUCAAUCAAAACGUAGUAGUAUUAGUAACAGAGUGAAUGGUAGGGGUGGUCUAUAUGUUGAAAUUGUUAAUCUAUGUUUGUCUGUUCAACUCAAAUGUGUCAACAUUUGGAAAACUAAAUAUAGUUCGUGCACUGGUCAAGUACAAAUGGUGGCUUAUUCAUCUACUUUACAAUCUGACUUUGUAAUGGCAAACGCUGGAGUUAAUUGUAACUCACAAGGAUGUACAAUAUCCAAUUUAGAUUGUACCUACAAUUGCCAGCAAGUCUCAAUAAUCUAUGGACAAUGUUCAAAUGGACUGAUGGUUGAUCAAAGCUACGAUGUUUCUAUCUAUCAACAAAAUCCUAUUUAUUCAGAAUUCAAAAUUGGUUGUUUUCAUAGAAUGAUUUGGACAUCAAGUGGAUGUAGUGCUUUUUACUCUGGUUUACUUGUACUAAAAGAUCAAUGUAUAAAUAGUUUCUUUGGAACUCCUUAUUUCUAUCAAACCAAUUCAAAUCAAAUCAACUUUGAACGUGGAUGUAACUCUGGUUGUAGUUCAUGUUCAACACAAAACCAAUACUCGAAAUCGAUUUGUUACCACCAAUUUUAUGCUCAAGGUAAUAAGUUUUCAAAUUUCUUACUCUCAUAA